AUGGUGGUCCUCACGAAUAGCAAUUGGAAUGCUGUAACCCGUGGGCAGGUAUUCCCUAUCACUUGGAAUGACAAUGUGGGACUCGAGUUCAUCACAUUGAGGAACACUACAGCGGAUCAGCAGCUAGCAGCUGGUCAGCUAAUGAACCCGUUCCCAUGGCCUGUUCCUUACAACAUAUCAACAGCAGAAUUCUUUAGGGUCAUCAUAACAGAUGACAGAAACUCAUCGACAUCGCCGAAAUUCAUACCCGUUGCUAUACUACCUGGAUUUCAGACCAUAGCCGUGCCAAGUCCAACAACAACUGUAUUUGAAAGCCCUAGUACCCUUUCUCACAACCUUGCCCCUCCAACAUCCUCUAUUGCCACCGGCAAUAACCAAGGCCACGUACCGUCUACGAAUGAUUUUGGAGUCAGUAAAACUGGUUUGACAGUAAUGUUCCUAAUUGCAAUCUCAUGUAUAGCCUUCACCGCUUUCUUCGUUCUCUUGCGAUGUGGAAGAUGGUGUAUAAGGCGGAAAUCUUCCAACUCCAAGGAGAUUUCCACAAACGAGAACGACCAAGGUGAGACACCACCCGCUGGCAUCAAAAAGUUGUUCAAAUCUUCAGGAUUCCGCAAACCUGAAUUAUGCUCUACUUCACAACAGAUCCUUGAGAUGGGGAACUCGAAACGAGAUACGAUAUCUGAGCUUGAAGCGCGAAGGAAAACCGUGGAAUUGGAUGAGGAUAUCUAUUGA